ACAUCUCCUCACCACUAUACCCUAAAAUCCAAUCUUCAAAGUUAACUGUUCCUUUCAACCCCCGAUAUUUUCUAGUUUUCCAUAUAAAGCUACAGGCCAGAUCCCUGAGUUAGACCUGAGCUCAAGCCUUUACUAGAAGUAAGUCCAUUUUUUCAUUAACCCUUGAACAUUAUUCAGUCACAAACAUGGAUGUGGAAAGUGCUGCAGUAGAAUCUCAGGCUCCAAAAUUUGCUCUUCCGGUGGACUCCGAGCACAAGGCCACUGAAUUCCGAUUAUUCUCAGUGGCAGCACCACACAUGCGGGCAUUUCAUUUGUCAUGGAUAUCUUUCUUUUGUUGUUUCGUCUCAUCUUUUGCAGCUCCACCACUCCUUCCAAUUAUACGUGACAAUCUCAACCUCACGGCCACUGACAUUGGCAACGCUGGGAUUGCAUCUGUCACUGGUGCGGUCUUUGCCCGUCUCGCCAUGGGAACUGCUUGCGAUUUAUUCGGACCUCGUCUUGCCUCCGCUUCCCUUAUUCUCCUCACUGCACCUGCGGUUUAUUUCACUUCUAUUGCCUCUUCAUCCAUCUCCUUCCUUCUUGUACGUUUCUUCACAGGCUUCUCUCUAGCCACUUUUGUGUCAACUCAAUUCUGGAUGAGCUCCAUGUUUUCUGCUCCGGUAGUCGGCACUGCAAACGGCGUUUCCGGCGGUUGGGGCAACCUUGGAGGCGGCGCAACACAGCUAAUUAUGCCACUAGUAUUUGCUCUUAUAGUCAACAGUGGCGCAGUCGAGUUUACAGCUUGGCGGAUUGCGUUUUUCAUCCCUGCCCUGUUUCAAAUGCUAUCCGCAUUUGCAGUUCUUACCCUUGGCCAGGAUUUGCCGGAUGGGAACUUCAAGAAGCUACAGAAGUCCGGAGAUAAAGAGAAAGAUAAAUUCUCAAAGGUCUUUUAUCAUGGGAUUACGAAUUACAGAGGGUGGAUCUUGGCGUUGACUUACGGGUAUUGUUUUGGAGUAGAGCUAACGAUCGACAACAUAAUUGCAGAGUAUUUUUAUGAUAGGUUCAAUUUGAAACUCCACACAGCAGGUAUAAUUGCGGCAAGUUCUGGAUUGGCGAAUUUGUUCGCUCGACCUGGAGGAGGAAUAAUUUCAGAUGCAGUGGCGAAGAGGUUUGGGAUGAGAGGUAGGCUGUGGGCUUUGUGGGUGGUGCAGACAUUGGGCGGGUUGUUCUGUAUCCUUCUGGGACGGGUGGAUUCUUUAAGUGCGUCCAUUGUAGUGUUGAUUGUCUUCUCUGUGUUUGUCCAAACUGCAUGUGGACUUACAUUUGGAGUGGUCCCUUUCGUCUCCCGAAGGUCAUUGGGUGUAAUCUCGGGUAUGACAGGAGGGGGUGGAAAUGUGGGGGCAGUUCUAACUCAACUGAUAUUCUUCAAAGGAUCCAAAUACUCAAAAGAAACAGGGAUAACUUUGAUGGGUAUUAUGAUAAUAUGCUGCACCCUUCCGAUUAUGUUAAUUUACUUCCCCCAGUGGGGUGGAAUGUUCUGUGGUCCUUCUCAAAACAUUUCCUCCGAAGAAGACUACUACUUGUCUGAAUGGAAUUCACAAGAGAGAGAGAAGGGUUUGCAUCAGGGAAGCUUGAAAUUUGCUGAAAAUUGCAGAGCAGAAAGAGGAAAAGUAAAAGGACUCAACUCUGAUGAAGCUCAGUCUACAAAUAUCGAAUAAAGAAAUCUUCUACUUUGUUGUGUUUCUAACCACGGUUAAUUAUACUACAAGUGAUAGUAAAAUUCAAUUGAUUGCCGUCGCCUUACAUUCCAGCAACGAGUGUGCAUUGCAUUGCAAUAAUAAAAAAAGAAGCAUGAAUUGACAUGACCAUAUUUAAGACUUCAA